AACUAGUUGGAAUUGUUGCCAAAGAGAAAAAUCUAAUACCAUAAUUUUUCACUGAUCACAUUCUUCAGAGGCUAAAGAAUUAUAGAGGUGUUUAUGUGCUUUGAGAAUAGACAUUUUCUUGGAAUGUUAUUAUAAUAUUUUACUUUGCUAUGGAUGUAUUAGGUGUACAGAGAUUUUAUUUUAUAGUGUUUGCUUUAUGCCUGGACCUGCCAACAGAUCCAAGGCAGCUAUAAAGUUUCAUCUUACUGGUUCUUGCCAUCACUCCAGAAAGUGGCUCAGUGUAGCAGGAAUGAGUUUUUUAGAAAGAAUAGGAAAAGUAAAAAGGGGAUACUCCCAAGAGAGUAGAUUCUUUCAGAGAAAAGAGGGAUUGCAUGCUCUUUCUUCUUUCCAAUGUUAUUGGGAAUCCCAAGUAAAUUUCCAGAGUCUCACCCAGAUCCAUUCUCUGACUUUUGACUGACAAUGGGAUUGCAUCAGAGUUUCAAGCCCCCACUGUCCAUGGCAAAGAUCCAAGACAACUCUGGGUCACAUUAGCCCACGCAUACAAGUUCAAACUGGAACCUAUUCUGUCAAAUUUUUAUAGUUAAGGGGAAUUAUCCUUUUGUCCCUGAGUUCUGGAAUCUAGUCUGUAAAGAGUCACAAAAGUCCCCCUCUUCAGGAUAACUUAUCAGCCUUUCAGAGCUGCAUUUCUCCUGCAGACAAAUGUGUGGUAGCCCAUACCUGUGAUCUCAGCAAUUUAGCAAGGCCAUAGCAUCAUAUUGAGACCCUGUCUCAAAAAUAAAAAAGGGCUGGAGAUGUAGCUUAGUGGUAAAGCACCACUGGGUUCAAUCUCCAUUACCAUAAAUAAGCAAGCAAGUGUGAAGGAGUCAACACAGAAGGCUCAGUUUAUAGAAUUAUUCCUUUAACUUCAUGUUCCCACUACUCGUAACUGUCUGUUACCUAUCAGAACUACUAAUGAUAGUGUUAUUCCUAUUUACACUUCCACUGGUUUCAAGAAAUACAUGAAAAACACAGAUGAGAAGAGUAAGAGAGAUGGUCAGAUUUUUCAUUAUUAAUUUUUUUUAAAUUUAAGUAUAAUAGCUUUCUAGGAUUUUUAUAUUGAGUUUUGAAUCCUUGAGUAACACAAGUUUCUCCCAACUUCACCUACUGAAAAUACAAACGGAAGCAGAGUGACUAUAAUUGCCCAUAUUUAAGAGUAUAUUAUGAUGGAUAAUAGAGGCCGGUGCCAAAGCAUGGUAUGGGAGUAACCAGGAAGUGAGAGCUGAGACUGGAGGAGGAUGGAUCAAGCCCAGGUGACUGUGGGAAGGCUUGGGGAAACACCUGAAUAUGUGGAAUCUCAGUGCCAGGCACCCAGGACCAAAUCCACAUCCCCUCAACUUGAAGUACCCUGGAGGUUCCAAUCCUGGGUAUCCACCAUAUCCACCACCUGUCAAUCCAGCUUUUCCUCCUGGUCCCUGUCCCCCAGGACUUCCCCAGGGGAUGCCAGGUUUUCCUCCAGGUGUAUCCUCUUAUCCUGUUCCACAACCAGGAUAUCCAGGACAUCAACCCUCAGGUCACUACCCUCCUCUAUAUCCACCACCUGCCCCUAGUAUGCCUCCUGUGAACCCCAUGGCUCCUGGCAUCGUAGGCCCAGGAAUGAUAAUGGACAAGAAGAUGCAGAAGAAAAUGAAGAAAACUCAUAAAAAGAUGCACAAACACCACAAGCAUGGCAAGCAUUCCUCCUCUUCCUCCUCUUCCAGCAGUGACUCUGACUGAAUACAGGGCCUGGACCCUCCCCUCAAGUCUCACCAGUUCUGCUGUCCCAUCAAGUUCCAGCUUCCGUGUUGUACUGGGGGAAUUUAGCCCUUGUGCCUCUCCAUCCUGUCCCUACCUGAGCCUUACCCUGCUGUUCAGUCCUGACUGGCUAGGGAAAAUGGGAAGAGAAUUGCAAUGGGCUAGCAAAGGCAGCCUUCUCACUGCUUAAUAGAUUUUAUAGCUGAAAAGUUUAGCAGGGAAGAUGGUGAGACCUCUGAGCUAAAUGCUGAAGACAAGUAUAAGUUCUGUAAAAUGUGAUCUUUUAAAAUUUCAUUUUAAAAGGUGGGUUUGUGUUAAUUUCACUAUGGUGAAAAACUUGUACAUUUUUGUAAUGAUGGCACACUGGCGUGAUUUAGUGGCGAAUAUAUUUCCCAGCAGUCCUUUUAUUGAUUGUACUAACAGCAAGGCUGCUGGGAAGUAGAGUCCACUUGGCUGAUGAUCUCUGACUGCCCUUUUGUUAGCUAAUCUCUACUCCUUAACUCAAUAUGCUAUCUCAGGUCCUACUCUCAUUCUUCAACUCUGGGUCCAAAUAAAACUAUUUCUCCUGAAAAAAAAAAAAAGAGUAUAUUAUCCCCACCUACCAAAUUAAUUCAGCCCCCUUGUAAAUUUCCCAAAUAUUUCUAUGACUCUUUAAUGGUGUCUCACAUGUGAUCAAAAGCAAGUCUGCUUUCUGAGCAUCCCACUACUAACACAACACUUAUAAUAAUAAGUGUUAUUAUUAAAUCUUUGCCAUUUGUUAUUUACCUGGAUUUUUAGUUCUGAAGAAGUCCACCAGCCAACUCAGAACCCAUACUGAUGUAGCCAGUGUACAAGUUACGCAGUAUCAGGGUUGGUAGUCCUAGGAAGAUAGUAGAAAAGACCUACUGCAAGGAAAGGGAAUUAGUCUGUUCUUUUACAUAAAUUUCAAGCACCUAGAACUUAUCCUGAUGCAGACAUAGCUUUAAAGAACACAAAAAUCAACUUCUGAAAAGAGACAAGAUGAAUCUAAGAGUUUUAAAAGCACAGAAAGAAAUAAGGCAAGCAGGCCCCAAACUGUAGAAAACAAACUCACUAGAUUUAGUACAGUUGUUUUCCAACCAACGAUGGUGCUAGCCCUGCCUCCAGUGCAUUAAUAAGCUCUAAGAAAUAUUCUAAGAUAAAAGAAGCUUUCUUUUUCUUCUUAGCCUUAAACUACUCUGGACUAUAAUUCUGUCCAUUCUUAAUUUUAUUGUUAGACUUUUGGGUUUUUUUUAAAGUUACUGUAUUAUAUUGACAUUUUUCUAUAAAGGCCAAACUCCAUUGAAAGGUUCUUAUUUUGGUAUGAUAAUAUUUAAUUGUGUGGAAUCCAAACUGUUGAUUUAUUAUGAACAUUUCCUAAUAAUUAAUGUUGCUGUUACAUUUAACUCCAAGAUUUACCUUCAGUAUAGCCAUAAACAACAACAAACUAUAAGCAGGUAUAGACAAUUCAAGAAAUGUGCCAGUCUCUACUGUUUACCCUUUUAUUUGAUAGCAGUGCCUUAUAUCAAACUGAGAACAAUUUUUUGGUUGUUUUUUUUAAAACAACAUGCAAAUUUAGGUUUGUCACUCUUAGAGGUCCAAGGUGAAUGGUUUAGAAUGCAGAGGUAGAAUGUAGGAGAAAAGAAUUUAUAACUAUUUUAAUGGAAAUUUGCACUAGGACUUUAGCAAAGAAAACAAGUACAUUUCUCCUACAGCCUUUUGAUAUUCUGUGUAGGCUGGCUCCCACUUCAUUCUUUCUCAUAGCCUUUUGCUAAUGAAUGCAAAUGUUAUAUAUAAGCUUCUGCAGGAAACUCUGCAGGAAUACAAGCAGGGUCAUAGGAGAAGCUCUGCUCUGUGUUUAAAGCAAGGGAGAGAAAUUACUCAAGAAUGUCAGCAAGCACAGAACCCUAUCUAAGCUAUCACACAUACGGGUAGAGAGUGACAGUUCUCUUCUUGUCAUAUAAAAAGGAUAGAAUCUGGUUUUUAAAUUCUAUAUGAUUCAGUCUCUCAGUUCUUGGUCUUAUCUAAACCUACCAUAAUUUUGAUAAUGUAAAGUAAAAGAGUAAGCCAUUACAUAUUUAGAUUAAGUUGGCCUAAAAUUUGUCUUCAUUUAUUGGACCUUUUAUCUAAGAAGAGGAUAGUUUAUUAGUACAGUAAAAUUAUAGAAGUGGUACUUCAGAUAUCUGAGAGUUAACAACUGUAUUUGAAAAGCAUUCAUUUACAAAUAUUAUGUGUAUAUUAAAAUACAUUCCCCAAAUUAUAUUUUCACACACUAUAUGGAACAUAAUACUGUUGGGAUUCCUAGUUCUUUUCUUUAAAAAGGCAAAUUUUGGAAUUCAGAGAUGUUAAAUAACUUACUCAGCAUUAUACAGCUAGUUAGUGGCAGAGGUAGAAACGGAAUCUAAAUUUCUUGAGACUAAGAGUCCACAAUUCUCUGGUAUCAUCAUGAAGCCAAGAUGUUAUAUGUCAGAAGAGUAGUAGCACUAUGGGCUGGAGUGGUCAGAGGUUUUUAUGAGGGUGCAAUUUUAGCUAUAAUUAGAAGAAUGAGUGAGAUUUAGAUGGGAAAAGAUGAGAUGUUAAUCCAAACAGGGAACACUGAAUGAUCAAAAAUAGAGAAGUAGAACCAAAUAAAUAUAGAGAAGAAGAAAUAAGUAUCUACUCAGAUCAGUUCAAAUGAUUAGAACAGGAAGUUCUAGUAGAAGGAUAAUGCAGGUAAAUAUAGUAAAAAUUUGAGGCCAUAUUUUGAAAGGCUUUGCAAUCCAGGCAGAACUAUCCAAUUCUGUCAAAUUUGAAGCUUUUUUUUUUAAAGCAAAAAUGACAUAAUAAAUGAUUAUUUUAGAAAGAUAAUUGAACUGAGAUGUAUCACAUGAGCUAUGAUGAAGGGGACUGGAAAUAAGACCAAUACAAUUUAUUUAUUCACUGUUUUUUCAGUCACCAGUAAGUACUGAUUCCUCUGAGAAUCACCUGGAGAUCUUAUUGAAAAUGAUGAUUGUGAUUCACAAAUCUGUGAUGGGUUAAGAUUUUGCAUUUCUAACAAGCUUCCAGUUGAUACCAAACUACUGAUCCAUUGAUUGCAGGAAGAAGCAAAGAUAUAAUAAAUUCAAUCAUGUGUUUACCAUGAAUUCUAAGCCAACUCAUAUUGAAGUUACGAAGUUGAAAUAAAUAAACAUAGAUCCUACCACUAAGAAAUUAUAGCCUAAUAGUAAAAAUAUUUUAGAAAGUUCCCCAGCACUUAAUAUCAUAUUUGAAAGUAGAAUUAAAAAUAAAGAGAUUAGCCAGGGCCUGGUGGGGAUGCCUGUAAACCUGACAGCUCAGGAAGCUGGGGCAGGAGGAUCACAAGUUCAAAACCUGCCUCCACAACUUAGCAAGGCCUUGAGGAACUCUACAAGACCCUGUCUCUAAAUAAAAUACAAGAAAAAGCUGGGGAGUGGCUUAGUGGUUAAGUGCCCCUGAGUUAAAUCCCCACCAAUAAAAAAGAAAGAUUAAAUUAACAGAAAUUGUGACUUUUACCACAGAAUGAUGUCAGCUUUGAUUUAUCUUCAUCUGAAUAACAAUACCUUGUUUAAAUGGUAUCUAUAAGCACAAACUAAAUGCCCACAAAACGAGCUAUUAGGCCUCUUGCCACAAUUUUAUAUCCUCCCUCUAGCAACAUUCUUUCCCCAUCUUUAUUCUCCAUUUGCAGUCUGUUUCUUUUGACUUUGAAAUAAUUCUUCUUAUGCUUAUUCCCUAAAAAUAACUCUUCCCAUGGCUCACCAUUAAUUUUCUUUCCUUCUGUUUCUUUAUGCCAAGGACUCCCAAAUCUUAUGUCCCUACUCUGAAUGUGAACCUAGUCAAGCACAUAUAUUCCAAAUUGUCACAGAUUUUUGUGAGUUUAUAUUCUUUCACUGGCCAACCAAUUUCUAGCUACCUUGAAUAUGGGAUCAUAGAUGUCCUAGUUUUCUUUUUCCUGUGACUGGUUCAGUAACCUACUAGCCUCCUUUUUGUCCUUCUAGGCAGCAUGAGCUAUUACAGGGACAAGAGUUUAAGACAAUGGAGGAAGUUUGGAUAAAUAUAUAAGUACAGAGUACUAUAUGUGCCAGCUAAUCCAGUGAUGCCAGAAUUUACUCAAGAUAUUGGUCAUUUGGACAUAUGUGCAUCUCUAAUUAUUUUGGGGUUUUGGGUUUUGGGUUUUGGUUUUGAUUUUGGUAACAGGGAUUAAAUUCAGGGGCACUCAACCACUGAGCCACAUCCUCAGCCCUAUUUUGUAUUAUAUUUAGAGACAGGGUCUCACUGAGUUGCCUAAUGCCUCCCCGUUGGUGAGCCUAGCUUUGACUCAAGAUCCUCCUACCCCAGCCUCCUGAGCCCUUAUAUAGGCUUGAAGGUGAAGACAGCACUCUGUUAGGUAAAGCAGAGUGGGCGAGCAAAAUAGAGAGGCUCAAAACCUCAACGUUUGGAAAUCUGGGUCUUGUAUCUUGAACUAUGGGGCAUUCUCUUCCCUAUACAGAUCAUAUUAAAGACCUCACCUCAUUUUCUCUCAUUGGCUGCCAUAUGAUACCUGAUCAGAAUACUUUCCAGUUCCCCCCAUUGUUUACUUUAGAAAACCUAAUAAGAAUACUGCCAUUUUACUCCCAUUGGUCAUUUUAAAAUUUGAACCUAUGGCAGGAGUUGUAAUGGUGAUAAGUCCUCAGUUGUCAUGAUCAUGGGAUUUAUUUUAAACGGGGAUAGGACUGUCUCCUUGUCUUUUCCUACAGCAGCUUCUUUCUAAUACUCUGUUUCUGCCAUCUGGGUAUCUCUGAACCUAACAAAAUGAAUCCCUGAAAAUUGCACAACGCAAAAGUUUUGUGACUGGGAUGACUUGUUUUAUAUUUCUGAAGAAAAGGAUCUUAGGGGAAAGAAAGAAGUGAAAAUUAAAAUGGAUUUAAGGCAGUGGAGGAGACAGAAGAAGAGGUUCUUAAUAAAGGUGCUAAGAAAGAAUGUAACACAGGAAAAUAAUUAAAUAUUUUCACUGUGGAAGAAGAGAACACAAGAGGAAUCUUUGGAGAAGACAGGAGAAUUCAGUUGUUGUGAAAAGCAAGGAAUCCAUGCCCUUCAUUGCUGGGGCUCUCCAAGUCACUUGCUGGUUUUGCUGAGCCAGGUCUGGGUGCCAUCCUUAAAUGGAAGAGAAUAUUUUCAAAAGAAAAUACAUUCUUCAGAGGUAAAAGCCAACCGAGCCUUCCUAGGCAGUGGCCACAGGAUGGAAACAGGGCUUGAGAGACACAGUCAGGACCCCCCCUUUUCAUUGGUCACCCGGCAAAGGGAACGAAUGGACACCAUUUGCAUGGGAUACACCAUGGCAGAGAACUGACAUCACGGGCAGAGGAGAUAACU